AUGGAUGGGGCCACGGUGGCAAUCAGCAGCAGAGAGGGGCUGCCGGACGAUGUGAUCGAGCGGCUCCAGCGCAAGGUCAUGGAGCAGGCCCGCGAGCUCAGCGCCCUGCGCAAGAGCGAGGCCGCCGCGCAAGCGGAGCUCGACCGCGCGCUCCUGGGCUCGCCGGGCCGCGCGCGAAGCCCGUCGCCGGACCGCGCGCUGCGGCGCCGCCUCGCCGACGUCGAGUCGCGCCUCGACGCGGAGAAGCGCGCGGCCGCCGACGCGCGGGCGCGGGCGACGCGCGCCGAGGCGCAGCUUGCGCGAAAGACGCCCACGGACCUCCGGAAGAAGCUCGCCGACGCCGAGGCGGCGCUGAAGAGCGCCGCGGCCGCCUCGAAGGCUCGAGACGCCGACCGUGCCGAGGCGUGCGCGCAGGCGGCCGCCGACGCGAAGCGGGCCUGCCACGGGCGCCUCGACGCGCUCGAGGGCCGCGUACAGCAGGCCAUCGCCGCCGGCGCGGCUAAGGAGCGCGCUGCCGCCGAAGCGGGCGCCUCAUCGGCUGCGGCUGCGGCCGCGGCGUUCGGGGCGCUCAGGGCGGAAGGCGACGCGGCGCUGCGGGACCUGCGGGCGGCGGCCGAGGAAGCGGUCGCCCGCGCCGUCGCGGGCCGCGCCGAGGACCGGGCCGAGGUCCAGCGCGCGACCGACCGCGCGGAGGCCGCGUCAGCGGCGGCGUCUGCGAUAAAUGCGAACGCUGCGCGGCUCCAGAUGGCCGCGGACCAGGUCGACCGGGCCUGUCUCAACCCCCUGCGCUCGCUCGAGGAGGCUGCUAGGCGGGAGGAUGGCACCGGAACCCCGGACGCCUACGCCAAGGUCCUAGAGGUCGCGGGCCUGCGCGCCGUCGGCGCGCGCAUGCGCUCAUUAGGCCAGGAACGCGACGCGGCGGCCAAGGCCACUAUCGCCGCGACCGAGGCGGCUGAAGCCGCGCGCACGGAGGCCGACGCAGCGCGCGCCGAAGUAGAAGCCGCGCGCGCGGCGACGACGGCCGCCGCCCAGCGUGCGGACGAGGGUCGCGCGACGCACGAUGCGGUCGCACGCGCGCUCGCGAACGUCAUCGCGACGCGCGACGCUCCGCCGCCGCCGCCGCCGCCCGCAGCGCCUGCCCUCGGCGCCGAGGCGAGCGCGGCCAUCGCCGCGCGCGCCGUGCUGGUCGCAGCGCUCGAUCACGCGCUGCCCGCCGUGACGCGCGCCUCCGCCGGCGAGUUCGACGCGGCGCCGGCGAUAGGCGACGAGCCCCUCGACGCGCUCGCGCGGCGCGCGUCGGCCUGCCUCCACGCGGCCGCCGUAGCGCUCGCGCCGGCGCCGGCGCCCGUCCGGGCGCUCGCGCCGGCGCCGGCGCGACGGGGCACGCCAGUGUCGCACGAGCUCGACGACGCCUCGCUCGACGACGGCGCGGACGCGGAGGACGACGCCCUGGCGGAGCUCGGGCUCGGCGCGCGGUACCUGGUCUGGGCGAAUUCGCGACGUGGCGACGCCGGUCUCGUUUACCCGGCGGCGUAUGCGCCACCCUCGCCGCAGCGGUCGGCGCGGCCGUCGUCAGGGCGCCUCGCGCGGGCGCGCGCGCAUCUCGCACGGCUCCGGACGAGGUAA